AUGAAGUAUAAACAACCAUCCGGUAGUCAAAAACGUAAAAAAAGAAAACUAGAUGAAGAAAAGAGAAAGGCUGACGCCGGUGCUCUAGAUAAGUUUAUCCAUAGACAACCUAUUGAAGAACAUGUUGAAGAACAUAUUGAAGAGCACAUUGAAGAGCAUGUUGAAGAGCACAUUGAAGAGCAUGUUGAAGAGCAAGAGCAUAUAGAAGUAGAAGAGGCAGAAGAGCAAGUGCCCGUUAAAGAGCUUGUUGAUAUAUAUGAUCCAAGAAGGUGGGAAAAACUUAAUUCUGAGGAGAUUAAACUUUUGGUCCAGAAAGGCCCUAAAAGAGAUAAUAGUAUUAUGUAUGGUCCCUACGAUAAAUUUGGUAGACGGUUUUCUGCAGCUUUAUAUACAAGAACUUUACCAAAUUUGGAGAAGUGUGAUAGAGAAUGGCUAGUAUAUUCAAAAGAGAUUGACAAAGUAUUUUGUUUAUGUUGUAAAGUGUUUAGAAAAGGGAUUUCAAAAGGUAAAUUGGAUGGUGAUGGUUAUGCAGAUUGGCACCAUGUCACCACUAGGGUUAAAGAACACGAAAUUUCAUUGGAUCAUCUUACAAAUAGGAAUAAGUGGUUUGAUAUGCGUAAAAGACUGAACCUAAAUGAAACAAUUGAUAAAGUUCAAUACGAGCAAUUCAAGAAAGAAAGAGAUUACUAG